AUUGUUUUAUACAUAUAAUAUAGAUUUCCUUCUCUCUUCCUGUUUUUCCCUCUCUGUGUUUUUAUCACUUAAGUAUAGGUCACAAAAUAACAUCUUAUCUCAUAGUUUGAUGACUUCAUGGCAGGGUCUGAGAAGGUUCAACCCAAGAAGAAGGUUAGGUUUGCCGAGGACCUGGUGGAGUUGUUGCCGGAGAACAAAGAUUCCCGCAAGAAGUAUGUGCCGAAGCACGGCCAGUCGAGCCAAGUUGCUGAUGAAAAGUUGGAGAACGCCAUGCCUCUUAAUUGGCAAGUUAUGUACAAAGGGAUUUUGCAAUAUAGGGCACUUAAAGGGCACUAUUAGCAUCCCUUAAAUGUUUGUUUUCCAACAUCAUUGUUCUAGUAGUGGUGGUGGAAGGUGAAAAUCUAGGAAUGUUAAUAUAGUGUUUGGAUAGUUUUUAGGUUCCAUGAAUACAUGCAAGUUCUUGUAUAGCACCUUGUAAUUGGAAGAAGUUGCAA